AUGAAGCCUGCCUCCUGCUUCUUCUCUCUUUUUCUCUUCUUUUUCACCUUCCAUGUGAUCACAACUAGCUCCCUUAACCUCAACUCCAUCUACGACACUUGCAAAAUAUGUGCUAAAGACGAACCGAAUCCAAAUGAAAAGCUCAGUCUCUGCAAAACAUCCAUUGAUGAAUCUAUCAAGCACUUGAACCAGGAGGAAAAAGCCGAAGUUACCCGCCGUUUUGUUGGGAAGAACAUAACGAGGAUACUCAAAAGUAAUGUGAAUGAAACAAUGAAACACAUCCAAGGGUUGCUCGGAAACAAGAAAGUUAAUAAUAAUGCAGCUAUGACCACAUGCCUCCAAAAUUGCUUGGAACUCCACAAGGAUGUUGCUAAACCUUCCAUGGGUAAGGUGUUGAAAUACUUGCAAACUAAGAAUUAUCAGGAAGCUAUGGUAGAGAUAAGUGCAGUCAUGAAUGUUCCUAUAGUUUGUGAGGAUGGAUUCAAGGAUAUGAAUGGUUUAGCUUCGCCAUUGGCGAAUAGAAAUGGUCGUACAUUUCAAUUGGGUUCGUUGGCAUUGUGCUUUUUAGAUGUGAUUCAGGGUGAGAAAGCAUUAAAUUAA